CCCGCGAUAAUUUAAGUAAUUUAUUCUUUUAAUUUAAUUCUAAUUGUGGAUUCCGAUACGGUCAAAUAAAUUAUACAAAAUUUAUUGAAACACACUUUAAUAUAUCAAAUUAAGCAUUAAAGUUUAGAACUGUAACAUUUGUGCAGAAAUUAUUUCUACAUACAGUAUUAUAGCAUUGAUUACCAAAAAGUAGUCCUUUAAUUUAGAUAUUCAAUUUAAUUUAUUGUUAGAAUCAAUAUAAUGAAAUACUCUGCCUAUUUUUAUGUUUUCAAAUCAAAAUACGUGUCGAUAAAUGCAAUCUAGAGACUUUUCUUUCAUACAUCUUUCACGUGGCUUCAAUAGAGCCGAAGUGUUUUUGAAUCCUUAUGAGGAGGUUAAGUCUAUGUCAUGUAUUGAUUGUUGAACGAAUAUUAAUUUCUUGAAGAUUUCAAAUAUUCGUUUUAGUGUAAUUUAUAAGCAAAAAGAUGACGACUAAAAAAACUAAAGCAGCGACGAAAGGAGCUAAACAGAUUGUGGAGGAAAAUAGGACAACACUAAGCUUUUAUCGAAAUAUGAUUGUUGGCGCAUUAGGAAUAUACUUUACUGUUACAAUGUUAUUUCUUAAUUUUACAACAUUGUCAAUAAUUUUAACUAUAUUUUCUGGAAUUGUAUAUAUAGGAAGUUAUCAAUUUAUGAAAUACAUGGCACAAGCUUCAUAUUCAGAAUCAGGACAACUAUUGGAUUCUGGAAUUGAUCUUAAUAUGGAAGGAAGUAUAGCAGAACAUGUGAAAGAUUUAAUUAUAUUAACAUCAGGAGUACAAGUACUUUCACUUAUAUCAAAUUAUUUUUGGCUAUUGUGGCUUCUUGUACCACUAAGAGGGGGUUGGAUGUUAUGGAGACAAAUAUUAGCUCCAUGGUUUUUUGCUCCUGCUCCUGAACAACCUGAGAUGAGUGAGAAGAAACAACGGAAAUUGGAGAAAAGGAUGGCUAGACGGCAUUGAACAUUUAUUUUCGAAAUAUGAAUAAUGUUUCUUAAUAAAUAUUUUUAAAAAUUCACGGGAGCGGGUUAGAUUUGAGCAAAAUUAUGAAACAAGAUUGCCUCUGUUUCAGCCUACAUUGAUUUAUAUACGUUUUUUUUUAUGCGUAUGAAAAGACCAUUG